AUGAAAGGUUUCGGCGGAUGGUCGGCCCCAUUUAGCGAAGUGCAGCUCAAUCAUUAUAAGGAGUCGUGCAACACGACGGUGGUGGCAGAGUGCGUGAGGUAUGGACAACGGGCUCGAGUUGAUCGCACUGCACUGCGACUGCAUCCUAGGCUAACUCACGCCCUCGCUACUGCAUUUUGCCAUAAAAUAAAAACGUUUUAA